GGAAAAUCUAUCUAAAAGAGACAUAUUUCUAUUACAUUAUAUUAUAUUAUAUAUAUACACCAAAUACUAAUAUACUCCAUAAUAUAAAUUCAAAUAAUUGAAAAAAUAUAAAUAAUAAUAAUAAUAAUAAUGUCGGACCGGUAAAAUUAUUAUUCGCGGGGCGACGCGCGAUCUUUGGGCGACGAGCAGCGGGGCAGGUGAAACGAAACGCAUUCGGUCAGACACGAAAGAGAAAGAAAGAGUGAGACGGAGUAGAGACGAGACACGAGAAAAUUAAAGAGAGGGAGAGAGAAAAAAUACGGUUCUGAUACGGAUAGAGUGCAGAGUGCACACGGUGCAACUAACUGCAUUCCGUUAAGACCCGGGUGGAGUUCGGAGCGUGCGUCCAAAUAUUCUCCUGACAACAAAAAAAACUAUGGCAGAGGGAAAUGGGGAACUUAAAAUGGACGAGAAGCCAUCAAAGGAGGAUAUGGAGUAUGUUGAAAGAACCGAGGAUUAUUCAAAACUUAUACAAUAUGGACUCGAUGAAAAAGUUGCUGCAAAAUUAGAUGAAAUAUAUAAAACAGGAAAACUUGCUCAUGUUGAUCUUGAUGAAAGAGCACUUGAUGCAUUACGUGAAUUUCCAGUUGAUGGUGCCCUAACUGUUCUAACUCAAUUUUUGGAAUCAAAUUUAGAACAUGUAUCAAAUAAAUCGGCAUAUCUCUGUGGUGUUAUGAAAACAUACAGACAAAAAAGUCGGGCAGGUCAGGGUACAACAACUGCAACUGCAACAACACCAAAAGCACCAGAUGAAGAUAAAAUCAAGUUGAUACUUGAAAGAACUGGAUAUCCACUUGAUGUUACAACUGGACAACGAAAAUAUGGUGGUCCACCUCCAAAUUGGGAAGGUGCAACACCAGGAAAUGGAUGCGAGGUAUUUUGUGGAAAAAUUCCAAAAGACAUGUAUGAAGAUGAAUUAAUUCCACUUUUUGAAAAAUGUGGUAAAAUAUGGGAUUUAAGGCUAAUGAUGGAUCCAAUGUCUGGCACCAAUAGAGGAUAUGCAUUUAUAACAUUUACCAAUAGAGAUGCAGCGCAACAGGCAGUUCGAGAGCUCGAUAAUUACGAAAUAAAACCCGGCAAGAGUCUCAAAGUAAACAUUAGCGUUCCUAAUCUACGACUUUUCGUCGGGAACAUACCAAAGUCAAAAGGCAAAGAGGAGAUCUUGGAGGAAUUUGGUAAUUUAACAGCUGGCCUGACUGAGGUAAUAAUCUACAGUUCACCAGAUGACAAAAAAAAGAACAGAGGAUUUUGUUUUUUGGAGUAUGAAUCCCACAAAUCAGCAUCAUUGGCUAAACGAAGACUCAGCACUGGUCGUAUUAAAGUUUGGGGUUGUGAUAUUAUUGUUGAUUGGGCUGAUCCACAAGAAGAACCAGAUGAACAAACAAUGUCUAAAGUUCGAGUACUUUAUGUGAGAAAUUUAACUCAAGACUGUUCAGAAGAAAAGCUGAAAGAACAUUUUGAACAAUUUGGUAAAAUUGACAGGGUCAAAAAGAUCAAGGAUUAUGCAUUUGUACAUUUUGAGGAUCGAGAUCAUGCAGUCAAGGCUUUACGAGAUCUUAAUGGAAAAGAUAUUGGUGGUUCACGGAUAGAAGUUGCUCUUGCUAAACCUCCAUUUGAUAAAAAAAAGAAGGAAGACAUGCUUCGGGCUAGAGAAAGAAGAAUGAUGCAAAUGUUGCAAGGACGUGGCGGUACAUCACCAUCACAUCCAAGUAUGAUACCCGGACCAAUGCCAGUACGUGGUUCUAGUGGACAAGGACCACGCAGUACAGGAACAGGUGGUGGCGGCAGUGGUGGAGGUGGUGGUGGCGGAGGAGGCGGUGGUGGUGGUGGUGGUGGUAUGCGACCACCAAUGGGUCGUGGUGAUUACACCAUCAAGGAAAUAGAUUAUGAUUACGACUAUUACGGUUAUGGGGAUUAUCGAGGUGGCUACAGUGAUCCAUAUUACGAUGACUAUUAUCGAUACGAAGAUUACUAUUUUGAAUAUGCGCCACCUCCUCCGCCUGCCAGAGGGAGAGGCAGGCAGCCUCAACCGGCUGGUCGUGGCCGUGGACUGGUGCCCCGUGGCCGAGCAGUCGGUGGGGGCCCCCAAGCCCGUGGGGGGCAAGUCAGGGGGGCACGCAACCCCGCAACAUCAGGGGCCCGUGGGGUCCAGCGGCCAACCGUUCGUGGGGGGGUCCGCGCCAAGGGAAGUUUACCAGGUGAGGAUGCAGGUAAGCGAAAGUUUGACGGGGGUCACCAGAACCAGGGGGAAUCAAAACGUCGCUUCCAGAGCAGUUGGGGAAACCAGCCCCUCGUCCAACAACCACUGGGCAAUACGUACGGAGUGGCGAGUGUAAAUGGUAAUGGCAAUGGUGGUAAUAGUAAUGGUAAUAGUAAUAGUGGUGGAAAUAAUACAAAUACAAAUGGAAAUGAAAAUGAAAAUGGAACAACAACACCAAGUAGCAACAACAGCAACAGUAACAAUAAUAAUAAUAAUAAUAAUAGUAAUAAUAGUAAUAAUAGUAGUAGUAGUAAUAAUAAUAAUAAUGGUGGUGGUAAUAGUGGCGGUGGCAGUGGUAAUGGUGUCAAUUUUGUUGAAACAAGUGGAAAUAAUAAUGCAACUGGUGAUGAGCAUGAAUGGUACCAAGAUUCAUACAAUUCUUGGAGCUAACUUCCGACUGAUGAUUUUUUUUAUUUUUAUCCAACUACUAAUAUACAAUUUUGUCGAUAAUAAUUAUAUAUGAUAAAAUAUAUAUUGACUUUUUUUUUUUUUUUUUUCGAAUAUUUUAUUUUUUAAUAUUUUUUUAAACAAUAGACAUAUAAAUAAACAUAUUUAUAUACAUGUUAUUACAAUGGGCCUUGAUGAAUUUAUAAAAGAAAAAAAAAUUGCCCAAAAAAAAAAAAAAAAAAACAAGCUCAUUAAUAAAGAAAUAGUAAUUUUUUAAAUAGACAUCAGAAUCCGUCACCGAUGCUACUUAUAACUUGUCGUUAUUAUUAUUAUAAAAUAUAUAUUUAAAAAAAAAAAACAUAAAUAUAUAUAUACUAUUAUUAUUAUUAUUAUUAUUAUUAUUAUUAUUAUAUAGAAUGAAUUGUAAAUGUAAUCUUUUGAUUAUUUUCAAAUGAAAAAAAAUACAUGUAAUGUUUAGAUAAUGAAUGAUUUUUGAUAUGAUAUAAUAUAUAUAUGUUGAAAAAAAACACCGCUAUAUAUAUAAAUAUAAAUAUUAUGAAUAUAUUACCAUCACUGUCAACCAAUUACAUAUUGCGCUUAAAAAAUAUUGUUGUGAUUUAUAAAAAUGUACAGUAAUGUGCCACUGGGACUAUAAAAUGAACAUCGGAGUGACGAACCCAUCCACCCCGUACUAUUGAUAAUUAUAUAAUUGUAAUAAUAAUAAUAAUAAUGAUUAAUAUUAAUAUUGUAAGGUUUAACGUUAAGGUUUAACCACAACUGCUGCUGCAUUGUCAAAUUGUUAAAAAACUGCCAAGCGAAAGUGAUUUUUUGAGUGAUAAAUGAAUUAAACGUUAAACUUUGAUUUUAAAAAAAUUUUAAAAAUUUUAAAAAAUAAAUUCGUUUUGUUAUUUUGAAAAAAAAAAAAAAAAAAAAAAUUUGUUCUUUUAAAAAAUUCGUUUAAAAAUUAAUUUUUUUGGAUAUUAUUAUGUAAUUUAUGGCCCGUAAAUAAUUGUUAAAUUUAAAAAAAAAAAAAAAAUGGUGAUAAGCCCGUGGUUGUUGUAAAAGCGAUGUCAAACGAGUAAACUUUUUUGUUUAUUUAUUUUUAUCUUUAUUUUCUUUUCAUUUAUAUUUUUUCUUUUUUCCUAUUAUUAUUAUUAUUAAUAUUAUUUCUAUUAUUAUUAUUAUUAUUAAAAAAAAGAAAUUAAACACAAAAAUAUAUAAACAAAAGACUAUACUCGUUGCGAUGAUAAGGGGCAGGUUGAUAAGGACUGAUGAAACGAUAGGAAAGUUUUUUGGUAUGUGCAUGAAUGAUAAUGAUGAAUAUUAUAACAAAAAGAAAAAAAUCAUUUUGAAAUUUAUAAAGAUUGUUUGUGUGUGAGUGCAAGUGCGAGUGUGCAAGCAAAAAUUUAAAAAAAAAAAAAAAUUGUUACGCGAGGUUUAUAAUUACGAAUAAUAUUAAUAUUGAUUAUAAUUACGAAUAUUAUUGAUAAUGAUAAGAAUAAUAAUGAUGAUGAUGUUAGUUUUGAUUAAUUAUAAUAUGCGAAUGGAAUAAAAAAAAAAAAAAUCUAAGCAGCAGAAUGACUAUAUUGCUGCUGCUAUUAAAAUAAGAUGAUGAUUUAUAUGAAGAUGAUGAAGAUGAUGAGAGAGAGAAAUGAAAAGUAAAAUGUUGCUGGAUGUUAUAAUAAUGCUGUUGAAUCCCCCUGUGUGCAUGUAUGGGUGAAAUAAUAAAAUAAAAAUGAAAAAAAUAAUAAAUAAAACGCGCAAAGCGUCGUUGUCGUCGUUUUUGUCGUCUAGACCUUCUAUUGUUGGUCUAUAAUAAUGUGUACAGUCAGUGAAACUAUUAUUAUUAUUAUUAAGGGUCAGACAAGUUUGUUAUUUUUGACGUUUAAAACAUUGAUUUGAUUUUAUAAUUAUUUACUCGUCAAUGUUUUCACGUAUUUUAUAACUAAAUAAUUGACAUUUGUCUUUUGACAUUUGUUGUUUUUUUUUUUCUUUUUUUUUUUUUUUUUUUUUUUUCCCCAUCGUGAUGAUAAUGAUAAACUAAUUUGUUGAUAUGUUUGUUAUAAUCGAUCAAAUCGAGUUCGAGAUUAAGACUUGAAUAUAUAUUGCUCACGAAUGAGACUAAAAUUAAAAAAAGGAAAAAAAAAAGAAAAAAGUCAUUUAUGAUGAUCCAAUCAAGGAGUAUAAAAGACUAAAAAAAAAUGUAGAGAAAUUUUUUCGACAACUUUUGUCAAAAUUAUAUACUGUCUAUUUAUUUAAAAAAAAUAAAUCAAGUCAAACUUGAUAAGCCCUCCAUCGACAAUAAAUUGGAAAUUAAUUAAAAUAAUAAAAUUAGAUUAACGCGAUGGAGUGAUAAUUAAAUUUAACAAAAAAAUAAAAAGCGUGACUAUUGCGCAAAUGAAUUGAUAUAUAUAAUUAAUAAUUAAUAAUUCGAACUCGACUGGUUACCGAAUUUGAUAAUGAUAGUUGACAGAAAACAAAACUCUUGUAGUGAUAACGCAUAUAUUUGAAAAAAAGCAAGUAAAGAGAAAAAAGGAAAAAAAAAAAAAAAUGAAAAAAAACAUACAAGCGCACGACUUUUUGAGUGUUGAGACUCGUUGUUAUUGUUAGCCUGUUAGUUAAUUAGUAAGAGUUGUAAGUGCGGGUUGUAAGUUGGUCCCUGUCCCUGGAGCCCAGACAUCUAACCCUCCUUUGUUCCUCCCUUCCCCUCCCCUCAAUUUACCCACCCAACCCCCCCAAAUUCCCGUGCCCCCUUGUUCUGGAGAUAUUAUAAUAAUUAUUCAUCAAUCAAUCAAUGGAUUAAACAAAAAAAAAUAUAAAAAUUGAUUUUAUAAAAAUAAGAAGAUUAUGAUAAUAUAAUAAUCAUUGAAAGAAAAAAAUAAAUAAAUAAAAAAUUAUUUAAAAAAAAACUAACGAAAGUGAAAAAGUGGGAGACAACAUUAGCCGAAUAUAAAUUGAUAAAAUUAUAAAAUUAAAAUAACAACAAUAGUCAGCAACAGCAACAACAACAACAUACAAAAAUUUCAUGCACUCCCGCUGGGGAAUAAUAAUAAAACAAACAACAAUAAUAAUAAUAGUAAACAAUAGUUAUUAAAACAAAA